CUCUUUCGUUCUCGUUUCUCUAAAAAGUCAAACAAAAAUCAAAUCUCUUUGGUUUUAAUUACAAUAAACAAAGAUUUUGCUUUAUGGUUUAGAGAAACAAGAAAUCCCACUUUCCUUAAUGUUCUAUUUUCUCGGCUCUCUAUGUCUCUUUCUCUUGUAUAUUUAUAUAGAUUCACGUGCGUUUGUCAACCAGGAUUUGUCGGUCAAUCUCAAAUCUUUACUUCCACAAAGGCAAAAAAGCAAAUAAAAAGUAGUGUCAUAGAGCAAGUGGUCGUGUCGUGUGAGUGAGUUUACAUUAAACAAUAUCGAAUAGGGUUCUCUUUGCAAGGAAAAAAAAAAGUUGAAUGGAGUUGGGUUUGAGCUUGGAUGGCUCCUCCAAGCCAUUUUCGUUUCUAGAAAAAACCCCAAAGUUGUCAAGCAAUGAUCAUCUAGGGUUUUGCAUGGGGCUCGGCAGAUCACAAGAAAAAAGGGAUUCUUUGGAAGCUGAAAGAAGAGGGAAUGGUGGAGACCUCAAAAGAGUUUCUUCAGAUCCUCAUCUUCAGCUUCAUCUUCGCCUUCCAUGGCUUUUUGAUAAUCGUUUAUCAAAAGGACGGGGAAGAGGGUUAGACGUGAACCGGUUACCCAUGGUGGCGUUGGCGGGUGAAGCGACGGUGGCGCAUUCGUCUCCGAACAGCGCGGUGUCGUCUUUUCAGAUGGAUUUUUGGUUUAGAAACGGAAACAGCAGAGGCAACAGAGGCAUGGACUCUGAAACCGAAAGGGUUAGCUCAAGAGCCAGUGAUGAUGAUGAAGAUGAUAACGGUUCAAGCCGGAAGAAACUCCGGCUUUCUAAAGAACAAUCGGCUUUCCUUGAAGAAAGUUUCAAAGAACAUAGCAACCUAAAUCCCAAACAAAAACUUGCAUUGGCCAACCAAUUAAAUCUUCGUCCUCGACAAGUGGAAGUUUGGUUUCAAAAUAGAAGAGCAAGGACAAAAUUAAAGCAAACGGAGGUAGAUUGUGAGUAUUUAAAGAGAUGCUGCGAGACACUGACAGAAGAAAAUAGAAGAUUACACAAAGAAGUGCAAGAGUUAAGAGCUUUAAAAACCUGUCAACCAUUUUACAUGCAGUUACCUGCCACUACCCUUACUAUGUGUCCCUCAUGUAAGCGUGUCACCACCACCUCCGCCACCGAUGCCAAAAUUGGAAUUUAACCACUGAACAAGACUGGAGGGUAUCGGUUUUCGCCACUGCAAACACAUGUGCGCACCAGUCUACUUCAUGAAAUCAUUGGACGUGACCAGUCAAAAGAUGCUAUUACCUUUUGGUUUUUUGGUCGGUUUUUGUUUACUUUGUGACUACCCUCUUGCAGUUGUCUUGCAGUUUUCUGCCACUACCCUCUUGCAGUUUUUGGAUAGGUUAUGUUUAGAGUGGAACUUUAGGGUAAAGAUAUCGAAGAACUUUCGUAAGAUAUGCAUGACGAAGAUAAUAUAUAGGUACUGCCUAUGUAAACUAAGAGAAGAAUUGUGUGAAACUUUGAUUUUCCGUCAUUAUUAUCUCUUUUUACUAGAAGCAUGAUAAAAUCAAAAUUUUUUCUUUUAAUUUUUAGCAUUUUA